CUCAUCUGUUUUAGACUUUAGUUUAGUUCCAUUCCAUUCAAUUUUGUUAAUUUUUUGCAAUUGUAUUGUAAUUGAGAAUUAUAUUGCUUUUAGUAAUGCAAUUAGUUACCAAAGUUCGUUUAUUUAAAAGCCCUUACACUGUUUGCUACAUUUCAGAAGAUCGUAUAGCCUUGCCCGACGAAUAUAGCUGCAAAUCUAUCGGUGUAAGAGCUGAUACGGGCGACUGUAGCUUGGUAGACCAGAAUGGAUCUAAAAAUGAAGAAAAAGAAUCAUCCAGAAAGAUCCUGAAGGUGUAUACAAAUGCGUUAUUUCUACAGCCGUUCGUGAAAGAGUGUUUAAACUCUAAUGUAUAUAGGACUAAUGUGUUAAAAUAUUUGUAUAAGUUGUGUGGUUAUCCGAACAGCAAGAAAGUGUUUUUGAAAUUAAUUUUAGAACCACCGGACAAAGAAGUUAUCGAUUAUGCCUGGAACCAAAGAAUGCUGCAGCUUGUAUGGAGCAGGGUUGAAAUAGAAAAUGCGUUCUCAUGGCUGUCUACCCUCGGAGGUGCCUACUCAGCACUCGGGGACUACUUCGAACACUGUGCAGAAGAGGCCGGCAGAAUAUCAGUGAGGCAGUACAAACUAUCCAAAAUGCUCGGCGACGACAGCCUAGCGGCUAGAAGCAGACUUUAUUCGGCGCUCGCGUUCGCACAGAAAGGCAACCUCAAAGUGGCGAGGCACAUCGUUCGCAACAUAGCGGCGUUCGCGAGGGAGACCCAUGACCGGCGACUCAACAGAAUGUGCCAAGGCGUUUGGGCUAAGCUGAAGUAUUUGAAAGGCGUCAAAAAUUCAUUAGCGAAAUUAGAAAUAACCAGUGUUAAUGGUACCUUAAAAUCAGCGACAGGUUAGGUUUAUCUUAAAAUUGGACUUUUCGUGUGAAGGCUUUUUCUAUUGAUGUUUGAGCCUUGAAGCAAGAAGCACACUUUACUCCGCGCUCGCGUUCGCACAGAAAGGCAACCUCAAGCAACGUAGCGGCGUUCGCGAGCGAAACCCACGACCGGCGACUGAAUCUGUUCAAAUAUCUACGUUGUAUGUGCCAAGGGGUUUGGGCUAAACUGAAGUAUUUGAAAGGCUUCAAAAAUUCAUUAGCGAAAUCAGAAAUAAGCAGUUUAUUGAUACUUUAAAGUCAGUGACAAGUGAUUGUGCUUACAAGUGAAUUUUUUGGCGUGGAGGUUUUCCUGUUAAUUUUUGCGAUUUGGACUUGAUUUUGUUAAGUAUUUUGAGCAAGGGACUCAGGGAUAAACAUAGUCUGCAAGUUUUCUUGCACAGAUUGACUUGCUGCAAGGGUUUACAUAGAAUAAAACACAUAUUGUCAGUUUUGACCAUGAAUGUAUAUUAAAGGUCGAUCCAGCUCCUAACAUCUACUUGUAACAAAGACAUAGGUACUUAUCGCUAUCCCACUUCAACCGCCUGCCGAGAGCGAGAGGUCGGACUCAGUGGUGUCAUUUGUUAGUCGAAGUAGGAUAGUGAUAAGUAGGUAUUGGGUUCAAAUAGGUAUUAGGAGUGCUCUAUCUAUAGGUAUAUACAGGGUGUAACCAGAACGCUACCAAAACAACUACAAUUUUUUUUAUAAACCCUGUAUUUUUUAAAAGUUUACAAUAUAUUGCAAAUAAAACAUCUGACUGACGC